AUGUUUGGCCUUUCGCCGUCGUGGAUCAACGAACCCACGGGUUAUGAUCCGCUAGUUAAUGGACAUUUAGAACAAAUGGCAAACGCCAUCUCACCUACGGUGGAAAUGCAGAAUUCAGCAGCAGUGUUGAAGCGGAAGAGAGAAAUCACUCCAGAUGCGCCCGGCGAGCAGAAUGAAGCGGCAGCUUCGCGUGAGACUAAACGAUGGAAGUCGAAUGUGUUGAAUGGUGAUCUGCCUACACCCAAAGCAAGCCCACCAGCGCACCCAUGUACUGACGUCCCGGUGGUUCCUGCGACUCGCAUACAGGAAACCAUCGAGACGCAGCUUGGUCUGGAGAUUCUGCUGAAGCACAAGGAGCUGCGGCUAAUCAACCAAGAACUCGCAAAAUGUCAAGUGGCUUUGGAGCAACUCCGUCGGUGUCAUCUCAUCCCCUAUCCUGUAUCUCAAGGAACUUCUCAGUCAAGGAUGGAUGUUAUGAAUGGGACAGGUCCUGCCGUAUCUCAACGUGGUUCUGUACCGCAAUGGGCACCUGCUUUUGGAGUCACUGAUGGGCCCUACUCAAGACACUACUCAAAAUGGCUCAUUCCAGAUCCCAGUUUCGAUGGCGAGCAGGUUGAAUGGUAUAGAACUUCUGAACUAUCACGUGCUGGAAAGACUAUUCCAGAAGGUCGUGCUACGAGACACAGCUUCGCAGAAGGUAGCACUGCUGCGAGCAAGUCGAGGUCUCAACGGGGUUCUACAGGGCAGAAGCUUCAUGCUUUGUCCAACGGAUAUCCCCAAGCCAAAGAAAAGGCAGGUCCAUGUAUUCUCAAACGUGCUGACGGACAAAUGGUCAAACUUGUUUGCAUUGAUUGUAAGCGAGACAAUUUCUCGAGUACUCAAGGGUUCAUCAAUCAUUGUCGUAUCGCCCAUCGCCGCGACUUCAAGAGUCAUGAAGAAGCAGCUGUUGCAAGCGGUCAAGCGAUCGAGGUUGAUGAAGUGGGCAGCAUCGUUGGAGAAGAGAAAACUCCAACGGUGGCCACCGGACUGGUACAUCCUAUGAUCCGAACCGCCCCUUCCGACAACAAUGCUUACCGUGCGCUCCUAUCUCGUAUCGAAACCUCUAUGAAUAUGUAUCGACAGGGCAAGCUACCUGGUGUCACGUCGAUACCCAAAGUCUCGCCAUCAGCGCCGUCAGUAAAGGCUGAAUCACUUAACAAAUUUGUACCAUCAUUAGACACACCACACCUUUCAAAUCUCAUGAAGAUGAAAGGAUUUGGUGGAAACCUCACGGACAUUGUUAGCGAUGCAAAGAAAAUAUCUCCCGAAUUCAAUGAUUCAUCACAUGAUGAAGAAUCUGAUAUAGAGAGUCCGGGACAGCAGCCUCGAGAGAUGUCAAACUCACACCCUCCCCCUAUGCGUAUGCCUGCCCGAGCAGCCAUGUCACCAGUACCAUUUGGACGACCCGGAAGCAGCAAAGGUGUCGAAGUACAUGCACGCGUACCCAGUGGAAUCUCACCACGUUUAUCUCAUGCACUAUCAUCCUUCAACGCAACCCCUAUGGUUCCUCCAUCGCGACCAUCUACUCAUCUUAACAUCCACACCCCAAGCCAAAUUGCAAUGCCUGAGCGCCGAGAUAUGGAUAUAGAUAUGAUGCAUGGCCCUUCAAUCCAUGACCUCAGUCCUAACACGGUAGCCAGCAACAAUGCGCCAAGUUUGGUCAGUGAUGAUGGAGAGUAUGAGGAUGGAGAUGAUGUGGAAAGUGUUACCUCUGCCUCAGAUCAUGGAAGUGAUGUUGCGGAAAUCUCUAUUGAGGACGGUGUUGAAAAGGUAGUGGCUCGUGCUGUGAUGCGAAAAGGCAACGAGGGUUUGCGAAAGGACGAGAACAAGCACGUCACGUUUGUCACGCCUGUGAGCGAGACAGGAAAGGAUCGACGAUGA